UACUUAUCCUUCUACCACACCCCUUCUUCCUAACAUGCCCGCUCCUGCAGUAUAUGUUCUCGCAAUUGUCGGUACUGUAGCUGCAGGUAUCGCUUUCAAGGAGUUCGUCUACGAACCCCACAUAGCUCCCAGGUUGGAGAAAUGGGCUGAGGAAUUCAUUGCGAAACGCAAGGCUCGGAGGAAGCAAAGGGAAUCUCCAAUUGCCGUAGCUGCGUCCAUCCCAUCGAAGGGCAAGGCUCGGAGCAAGCGGUCUGACGAUGGUGGCGAUACGGACGACGAUGAUAAGAGCACCUAUGAGCUCGAGAAACUCAUCUCCCACGAAGUCCACGAAUGGCGCAAUGAAGUGGACAAAAGUAACUCUUCAACUCUCCGGCUCAGAAGGAACGCUGCAUCCGAACAGUCAGCCUUGGACCAGUCCAAUAUCGCUAUCCCUUAUCCUGCGUUGAUCCCAACACAUGUUAUAUUCAAUUCUUCUACACUGUCAACGCCUACGACCGUGACUGAUAUCAGCAGAGCAUCAGCGUCGCCGACGUCGUCACCGCUCCCCCACACUUUGCCGGAAAUCCAUCUCACGUCCUCGCGUUCAACUUUACGGUCACCAUCUCCGACGUCCCCCCCAGGCCGUCUCCCAACUCCGGCUCCUUCUGUUGCACUUUCGCCACAGAUCGCAUCCGACCAGCCCUUCCCGCCACUCGCGUUCUCACCAAGCUCGAUUCCCAGUCUUUCACUCUCUCACCCUGUUGACCUCGAUCAGGAACAUGGUGUUGAGCUGCUCUCGGCGCCGUCAUCUCGUCCUGACACGCCUUUCUCUAAUGUAUCGAAUAGGGAGUACCACUCGUUCUCUCCAGCCUUGCACGUCGAAUACUUGGUGCUGUCCGAUGGCAGCGACCAUGAUGCGGUCGCUUCUGUGGCAUCCUCUGAGAGCUCUGUCUCUGAAUUCGACGAGCAAGACUCAGAUGAGCUGUGCAGUAAUUUUGGCAGCGAGAUAUCAAUGUCCAGUUGGGCGAGCGUGGGUUCUCGGGCCCGAAGUCCUUAAGGCCUUCAUUUAGAACCCUGAUGCAAAUCGUAUAUAUCUGCGGUUUGUGCCAGGGUGUCGUUUGGAUCUGUAUCUAUCUUCCUUCCUCUUGAUUAACAAGGUUUACAGUGUUCUUUCAUUAUUGGGCAGACUAGCUACAUCAGUAACUAUUUAUCCCAUCUGCCAUUUUACAUCUGUUCGUCGUACCAGUUAAUUGUCUUG